AUGCCACCACCCUCCGAGUCUCAAUCCAAACGCUUUUUUCCGCCACCUCCAGACCCCUCCAUCUUCAGCCUCCCCCUCGACCACGAAACCCGCGACUGCCACCUGACCUCCAUCCUCGCGCACAAAAACAGCCACUACUUGUACGAAGUGUCAUUCUCCGGCUCGCGCUCCGGCUGGCGCGGAAAAAUCCAAGUGCCCGAAGAAAAACUCGAUCGUGGUGCUCAACGCGCAUGGAAAACCCACUGCACUUCAGCCCCCCUAAACGGUGCCGGGUCCGUCCUGAAGAUCCCGAAAUCAGAAGAUACGAAAGGCGUCGCGAGAUUUUUGGAUCUGGUUUCGGAAACGACGAGUCCCGGGAGUGGGAAAGAAAUCUAUGUCAGGGGUUUGGAGGUUGAGUUUAAAGGGGCGAAGUAUUCGGGUGAGGUGGUUUUGUUGAAGGAUGAUCCGGCGAUUAAGGAGAUGGUUGGAUGGGCGAGGGAUCGGUUGGAUGCGAGGGAGAGUAUUGAAGAAGGGGAUGGGGAUGGGAGCGGGGAGGGACAUGUUCAUACGGUGGAGUUUUUUGGGGCGGCGCCGAGGAAGGGGAGGAAGAGUGAGGUUGAGAUUUGGGAGUUGGAGGGGGGUGAGGUUUUGUUUGCUGGGAAGGCGAGUGUGAGGGGUUUUGAGGAAGGUGAGGAUGGGAGGAGGGAGUUGGUGAUUGAGGUUAGGAUUGAGGGGGAGAGGUAUUUCUUAAGAGGAGAGCUGGGGGAGAGGAUGAAGGUUGGCAGGUUCUUGGUCGUGAAGCAGGAUGAGGUGUAG